AUGGGCGCGGCGGCCGUGCGCUGGCAUUUGUGUGUGCUGCUCGCCCUGGGCGCGCGCGGCCGGCUGGCGGGGGGCAGCGGGCUCCCAGGGGCCGUCGACGUGGACGAAUGCUCGGAGGGCACAGACGACUGCCACAUCGAUGCCAUCUGCCAAAACACGCCCAAGUCCUACAAAUGCCUCUGCAAGCCAGGCUACAAGGGGGAAGGCAGACAGUGUGAAGACAUUGACGAGUGUGAGAAUGACUGCUACAACGGGGGCUGUGUCCACGAGUGCAUCAAUAUCCCGGGGAACUACAGGUGCACCUGCUUUGACGGCUUCAUGCUGGCACACGACGGACACAACUGCCUGGAUGUGGAUGAGUGUCAGGACAACAACGGUGGCUGCCAGCAGAUCUGUGUCAACGCCAUGGGCAGCUACGAGUGUCAGUGCCACAGCGGCUUCUUCCUCAGCGAUAACCAGCACACCUGCAUCCACCGCUCCAACGAGGGUAUGAACUGCAUGAACAAAGACCAUGGCUGUGCCCACAUCUGCCGGGAGACGCCCAAAGGUGGGGUGGCUUGUGACUGCAGGCCCGGCUUUGACCUUGCCCACAACCAGAAGGACUGCACACUAACCUGUAACUAUGGAAACGGAGGCUGCCAGCACAGCUGCGAGGACACGGACACAGGCCCCACGUGCGGCUGCCACCAGAAGUACGCCCUGCACUCAGACGGCCGGACGUGCAUCGAAAAGGAUGAGGCUGCAAUUGAGCGCUCUCAGUUCAAUGCCACGUCAGUAGCUGAUGUGGACAAGCGGGUGAAACGGCGGCUACUCAUGGAGACGUGUGCAGUAAAUAACGGAGGCUGCGACCGGACGUGCAAGGACACGGCCACCGGCGUGCGAUGCAGCUGCCCGGUUGGGUUCACGCUGCAGCCGGAUGGGAAGACGUGCAAAGACAUCAACGAGUGCCUGGUCAACAACGGAGGCUGCGACCACUUCUGCCGCGACACCGUGGGCAGCUUCGAGUGCGGCUGCCGCAAGGGGUACAAGCUGCUGACCGACGAGCGGACGUGCCAAGACAUCGACGAGUGCUCCUUCGAGCGGACCUGUGACCACAUCUGCAUCAACUCCCCGGGCAGCUUCCGGUGCCUGUGCCGCCACGGCUACACACUCUAUGGGACAACCCACUGCGGAGAUGUGGACGAGUGCAGCGUGAACAACGGGGGCUGCGACCGGGGCUGCGUCAACACCAAGGGCAGCUACGAAUGCGUCUGCCCCCCGGGGAGGCGCCUGCACUGGAACCGGAAGGACUGCGUGGAGCCGGGCAAGUGCCCUUCUCGGGCCGAGGCCUCACCCCAGGCCCAGCUGUCCUGCAGCAAGGCGGGCGGUGUGGAGAGCUGCUCUCUUUCCUGCCUGGCCCACACACUCUUCGUGCCAGACUCGGACGACAGCUACAGCCUGAGCUGCGGUGUCCCGGGCCUCCAGGGCAAGAUGCUACCGAAACGCAACAGCACCGGCUCCAGCACCAGGCCCAGCUGCUCAGGUGCCCCUGCCACCCUCAUCAGGCAGAAGGCCCGGUUCAAGAUUCGAGAUGCCAAGUGCCACCUCCGGCCCCGAAGCCGGGAGCCGGCAAAGGAGGCCCUGAGGCAGCUGCUGCUGGAAAACUGCCACGUGACCUUUGUGACCCUCAAGUGCGACUCCUCCAAGAAGAGGCGCCGUGGCCAGAAGUCCCCGUCCAAGGAGGUGACCCACAUCACAGCAGAGUUCGAGGUGGAGACAGAGAUGGACGAGGCCUCAGACACCUGCGAGGCCGAGUGCGUGCGGAGGCGAGUGGAGCAGAGCCUGCAAGCCGCCGUCAAGACUCUGCGCAAGUCCGUCAGCCGGCAGCACUUCUCCGUCCGGGUCGCAGGCACUGAGUACGAGGUGGCCCAGCGGGCGGCCAAGACCACGGAGGGCCAGGGGACGUGUGGCACAGGCCAGGUGCUGCAGGACGGCAAAUGCGCGGCCUGCGGGCCUGGCACCUACUUCAGCGGAGAGCCAGACCAGUGUGUGCCAUGCACGCCGGGGACCUACCAGGACGGGAACGGCCAGCUCAGCUGCACGCCGUGCCCCAGCAGCGACGGGCUCGGCCUGGCUGGUGCCCGCAACGUAUCCGAGUGUGGAGGCCAGUGCUCUCCAGGCUUCUUCUCCGCCGACGGCUUCAGGCCCUGCCAGGCCUGCCCCGUGGGCACGUACCAGCCUGAGCCUGGGCGCACGGGCUGCUUCCCCUGCGGAGGGGGACUGCUUACCAAGCACGAGGGCACAGCCGCCUUCCAAGACUGUGAGGCCAAAGUACACUGCUCCCCUGGCCACCGCUACAAUACCACCACCCACCGGUGCAUCCGCUGCCCUGUCGGCACCUACCAGCCUGAGUUUGGCCAGAACCACUGCAUCACCUGUCCGGGCAACACCAGCACAGACUUCGACGGCUCCACCAACGUCACACACUGCAAAAACCAGCACUGCGGCGGCGAGCUCGGCGACUACACGGGCUACGUCGAGUCCCCCAACUACCCCGGCGACUACCCGGCCAACGCCGAGUGCGUGUGGCACAUCUCGCCGCCCGCCAAGCGCAGGAUCCUCAUCGUGGUCCCCGAGAUCUUCCUGCCCGUGGAGGACGGGUGUGGCGACGUCCUGGUCAUGAGGAAGAGCGCCUCACCCACCUCUAUCACCACCUACGAGACCUGCCAGACCUACGAGAGGCCCAUCGCCUUCACCUCCCGCUCCAGGAAGCUCUGGAUCCAGUUCAAAUCCAAUGAAGGCAACAGCGGCAAAGGGUUCCAAGUACCUUACGUCACCUACGACGAGGACUACCAGCAGUUAAUAGAAGAUAUCGUCCGCGAUGGACGGCUCUACGCCUCAGAGAAUCACCAGGAAAUUUUGAAAGACAAGAAGCUGAUCAAGGCCCUCUUCGACGUGCUGGCGCAUCCCCAGAACUACUUCAAGUACACAGCCCAGGAGUCCAAGGAGAUGUUCCCGCGCUCCUUCAUCAAACUGCUGCGCUCCAAGGUGUCCCGGUUCCUGCGACCCUACAAAUAACCCCGGUGCAGCUGCCCUGCUUUUGGGGUGCCGGCUACCCGGGGA